AGUGCAGCAAUUUUUAGUACCCAUUAUUAUCACCUGAUUGUCAGAUUUUCCCGCGCGUGGAUCCAGCAUACUCACACAACCGCGGAAAUAGUAGCAUAGCUCGCCCACGCGUACAUCCUGAAAACCAUGAAUGAAAGGCACAAUAUGAGGGAGAGAACCCACCGGAUUGCUCAGAGAGCGCUUUUCCACCUGGAGCAUUUUCUCCGGUCACUCACUCUACAGCGACAGAAAGGCCACUGACUGGCUGGCUGGAAAAUCCGUAUCCCAUUUUCAGAAACCGAACAACCUUCCGACAGCUCGGAACGACCGGGAAAUAGUCUGCUGUCGCUUACAGCAGCAGAGCGUUUCGGGGACCAUUUCCAGCGGCAGGAGUGGCCAGGAUACGGGUGGCUUCCAGCCCAGCUGCUCCAAGUGUGACUAGGAUCCCUUCGGGCAGCUAGGCAUUUUAAGUGUUGGAGUGUGGAUUUCAAAGCUCACGAGUGAAGAAAGGAAUAAUCAACCGUACAGCUGGAUUUCCACCCUAUCGGGUGUGCAGUUGGAGUGCAGAACCAUUGGCCCUAAUUAAAUGUGGGGCUGAAAACUACGGAAAAAUGCGUUUACCACCGCCCAUUUUCAGGGUGGGGAGCGUGAGAUGUGCAAAUUGUGACAUCGGUUAGUGGUGUUGCUGGCAAUGCAGUGUCUAGUGCUGGGGGGUUGCCUGCUGAGCAUUUGUGAAACAGAUCAAUGAAACAUCGAAGAAGAUUUUCGACGCGAGUGCACGCAUUCCCCACUGUAAACGACAAAAAAAUCGAAUGGGUGCAGCUGCGAAUACUCAUCUCUCAAUUGAACUUUAUUGGAGGAUGUUCUGCAAUUUCCGAAAUAUAAUAACGUAAAAAGUGUUAUCAACUACACAAUACGUUUCAAGCAAGUGUAACGAAAAAUUAUGUUGGAUUAGUGAAAUCGUACGUUUAUGCAUAGAGGGUGGAAACCAAGAAUAAAUUAGAAAUCACCUGAAUGUGAAAUAUACAACAAUCUCACUUAUGCUAAUCCGAUAACCCAAAUUGGAUGGCAAUAUUUGAAUACCGAACGCAUAUCUGAGCGCGCCUCAUAUUUCAGAGUCAGCCCAGACUACGCUAUUAGCGACAUAACGAGAACAAGUGAUGAACUCGCCCCAAAAAUUUGCAAAAGAUGCUCCUUCAAUAGGCAAAGGGGAUUAUCAGAAGAAGAAAUAAAAUGAGAAGAACGGCUGGUACUAGCGUCGAGACGAGUAGUGCAGUGUGCGUGAAGAAGAAGCUGUGAAAGGAAUGUGACCAAGUUGGGAAAUGUGAUCCAGUUCAGGGAUGCCAGUUGGGUGUUUGAUUUGGAAUGUUGGCUUGAGUAUGACUAACAGUUAAAUAACUGAGACUACAAAACUGAGACGAAAUAAAACACAGAGCAUGGUCCUGGAAUUUUAGAUGAGAAAAUCACAAUGAAAACGAUUUAUUAUGUGAACCGGAGGCAGCAGCUUUAAGGAAAAAUACGCCCAUGCUUGCGUCUGUGGACGGGUGGCGAUUAUGCGGACAAGAAAGAAAAUCUCUGCGCCUAGCCGGAACGAAAUUGGACGGCGAUGAAUGAAACGUGAUAGAAGAUAAACGUUUAAAUCCUCAAACAUUUCGAGGGAAAUUAAAGUGGGCUAGAGAUAUAACUUUGCAUCACUUGGCCACGACAGUGAGAUCCCCUGCCAACGAAUGGAAAGAUUUAUGCGAUCCUUGAAGGGUCCUUGGUGUGGUGAUGCGAAAGGUGAAUACUAAUAAAUAGCAAGAGAAGAAAAGUGAAGUGAAAAUCUGGUGAAAACACAGGGCCGAAAGUAUGAAUCGGUGGAGUGAACAUGUGCGGUGGUGAUGGUGGUCGGGUCGUUAGUGAAAAUGAGCAUCUUAAAUGAGGGAUAAACACAGCGACGCGGUUCAGUGAACAAGGAGGACCCAACCAGCAUAGAUGGAUCGUAAAAGAAAUUCGAAAUUUUCCGGCGCAGAUAAGCAUAACCUCUUGUGAUCCGUUACUUGCUCCAGGAACGAUAACUUCAGCAGCGGGGAUUAUGGCCGAUCUGCAGGCGACCAUUGAGUUUGCCGUGGAGCUGUACAAGUUCUACAAUGUUGAUCUGUUCCAGCGGGGAUUAUAUCAAGUUCGAUGUUCAUUGAGAGUAUCACCCCGGUUGCCGGUACAGGUGGAGACCUGUCUGCCAGACGCAACGACCACGGGAGUGCCUUCAUCUGCGAGUAAUGUCUCGGCAUCAUCGGCUCCACCCAGCAGCAGUAGCGGUAUCGGUGGAGGUGGAGUUGGAGGCGGAACUAGUAUCGGGAGCGGUGCUAGUGGAUGCACCGCCAGCAAUGGCACGGGCAGCAAUAACGGACAGCCGGGAUCGGCAUCCAGUAGCGCCAACACACCCAAUUCCACUAAUUCUUCGAAUGCUUGCAAUGCAGGCACUACCAGCAGCACCAGUGGCAUCGGAGGCAGUAGUAGCGGCGGCCUAAGCGGAUCUCCAACGGCUACGGCAGGCACGACGGGCUCCAAUGCUACAAUCAUCGACGACUGUGGCGCCUCACGUGUGUUCCAGAUACUGUAUCGCAACGAGGAAGUAUCACUGCGUGAUGUUAUUAUGUUCCGGGCACAUUUGCUAGUUGACAGCCGCCAUCUGAAGGAAUCCAUCGAACGGGCGGAAUUUUCGCUCAAUCUGGAGCUGUGGUUCGGCGAGCAGACGACGGGCAACGUGCUGAGUCUGGCCUCGACGCGGACGCUGCAGCUCAACUUUCACCCGGGCCGGGGCUUGCACUACCAUCUGCCGGUGCUGUUCGACUACUUUCAUCUAGCAGCGGUCAGCGUGGGGAUCCAUGCCAGCCUGGUGGCGCUGCACCAACCCUACAUCAAUGCUCCGAAGGCGACCAAACCCUGGAUCGGGGGCUCGAAGCUGAAUUGUCGGGGUGGCAAUUCGCCUGGCCCACUGGAGGCCAUCUUCUUCGGGCCGCAAGUGGGAGGAGGGGCCAAGUGCGGCGGUGGAUCAGCUGGUCGCCUGUUGCACGCCCGCAACGUCCAUAAGGAAAUCUGUGCCUUGCUGCUGGGAGCGCUUGAAUCGCUGAGGCUUUCGUUACAGGAAUUUUGCACGGUGCUGCCGCAUCAAUGGGCAGCGCUGACGGGGUCGACACCCCUGUCCAACCUGGACACCGAACAAAGACUGAAGAAGCUGGCCGAUUCGGCGAAGUUAAUGGACACUGAAGAUGAUUUAGCGGCACGAGCCAAUUCCGAUAUAGCACAACUGUGUGCAGAAUGUAUACUCUACUGGAGACGAGUACUCUCGGCGGCCACUCAACCCUCGGUACACAGCCUGCUCGCCAAGAAGCAUCACACGUUACGAGUUCGCCGUUUUGCGGAGGGAUUUUUUGUUAUUGAAAACCCAAGACACGCCGCUAGUGGAUGCUAUGACUCAAACUACCAAAACUACGUGUCCAUAUGUGAAAUGGCUCGGAGGUCCAGAUAUCUCUCGUCUCUCCCACCAUUACCUGUGCAUUGCACUGCAUUAGACGGUGAUGCCAAUUCUUUACCAUUGAUCUUCGAAGAUCGUUACACAGAUUCCAAGGACUACAGCAAACGGCGAUCUGGUAGCGAACCUCACUUGAACGGGCAUCAUAGUGGAACUCUUGGGAAGAUGAAAAAUCAUCAUCAUCCAAAUAAAAUAGUUCCCAUUGUUAACAACAAGGAAUGCUCAUGUGGAAUUGCAUCUUGUUAUAUUGAACCCAUACCAAAAAUGUGCAAUAAUUAUAUGGGGCUAAUGACAACCCGCUAUGCCUUGGGAGGUGAUAUUCUGCAAGCAAGCUUAACGAUAACCCCAGCAGCAGCUGCAUCACAGAAUGGUAUUUGUUCCAAAACUCUUUCUCGACAUUCAGUUUCUACGCUUGUAGAGCCUGAGUGUCAAUGGGAUCAGUUCAAAGCUGUCUACGCCCCAGGAACAGCUAUUACAGGUGGCACUCUUCCUACGCGACAUAGCAAGUCACUGGAUCAACUUGAAACUCAGAAUAACACCUCCUCACUUCCCCGACAACACGUCCAUAACGUCAAUUAUGAUAACUUUAAUCAAAAACAAAUCAUAUACCAUCAACCGGGGAAUGCAAUUAUUCAAGCGAUCCCAUCCAAGCCUAAAAAGAAUCCUGUACAAGCUGAAGACCUUCUGAAGAACAUAAAUGAGUUCAGAGAAAAAUACAAAAAUCCUGGAGAUCCUCGCAAAACAACAAACUCCAACAGCUCUAACAGCACCAGCAUAUACGAGGUAAAAGAUAUAGCUCAUCACACAGUAAACAACGUGCAAACUCUAAACAGAAUGCCUAAGCAGAUCAACGGAUAUGCCGUACCGAGAACAGACUACAUCCAUGAAUUGAAACACCACAAUCAAACACCAAUGAAGCAUGAAUCAAAUGGCCAACAAGCACCACAAAUGCAAUCUUGUUACUACAACUCUCUACCGAAAAACGCAGGCAUGGGUCUUUCAAUACCACCAAGAAACUCAUAUCCCCCAAUUCGUAGUAAAAAGCAACAAUCUACUGGAUCUCUGAACACCACAAACGAAUCGAACACAAUACCUCGUAGCAACUCCUCCCAAAUGCUGCGAAUACAAAACGGAACGCCCAAUAUAAACAGCAACACAUUGCCCCAUCGACCGGUAGAAUUUGCUCGGAUAAGAGUUUCCGACUUCAAACAGAUGGUCAACAAUCAGCGACGAAACAGUAAAGGAGCCAACGGCACUAACGAAUCCAGUAGUUCAAAUAGCCCAGCCAUAACUCCAAAGACUCGCAUCAAACAAAGACGACUACUGUCGUCAGCCAGCGUUCCCUUCAAACUGGAAAAUCUGGAACUGGAACAAGCAGGAGGCACGGCUGGCUUCAGUGAAAGUUUGCCCAACCUCGCACCUCCACCGGCCUUUAGCAAUUCUCCGAUGCCACCGAUGCGAUUGAGGCGGCGCCAUUCCAGCAGCGAAUCAACGUCAUCGUUGAGCGAACAAUCGGGAUGGGUUUCCAGUCGAAGAAGCACAGGACCCUCUAGUCCGGACACGCUGAGAAACGAUCAGAGAAUUGUGAAUGGUGAACAGCUACGGAAGAAGCUGCUUAAACUACUAAACGAUCAACCCCGACUAAUGGACAGGAAAAACAGCAAUCAGUCGAACAUAAGUGAAUUUCUGGUUCGGAGCAAUCAAAGUUCGAUGAAAUCUAAGUCCAACACUGAUAAUAUAAAGAGCUCUGUUCAAAUUGAAAACUGGAACAACCUAGAAAAGGAAUGGAACGAGCCACGAUCGAUACAGAAAGGUACUGAAGGCAGGCGAAACACUCAACAUUCUACAAUGGAAGGACGUCACCAGAAAAGGAGUACUAAGAAAGAGAAAUCUAAAUCUGACUUCGAUUUAGCUAACAUCUCCGACUACGUAUUUGACGAUCUUCGAUUACUUCCUCCACAGCAAUUUCGUGACUUGGCACCGCCGCCACCAGACGAAUUCAGAGACCCUCCUUCUUUGAUAGAGGAUAUUCAAAAAGAGCUACCACCUGCUCCUAAAAUUAUACCUCCAUCAAAUCCCAUACCGCAACCUGCAGCUCCUCAUCAAACUCAACAGCCCCAACAACCAGUGCAGCCACCACCCCAACAGCCUUCUUCAAUUCUAAUUCCCCAGACUCAAGCUCUGCCUUCAAUGAUCGUACAGCAACAGCAGAUCAUUCCAGCAGCACAACAGUAUCAAAUUGUUCCAGUUCAACAAAUCAUCCAACAGCCACAGUACAGCAAACCAAUUCAACCACCGAUAAACCAGCAUCACUACAUCAAGAAAUACGAAUUACAAGCCAUCGACAACCCACUCUACCACAUCUACGAGGUAGUCAAAGCUCCACGUCCAGUGCUUAAAUCGCAGAGCUCCAGCGAGCUGGCCGCCAUGGCCAAAUGCGCCGAAACGCUGAACAAUCCCAAUGCAAUCAUCAACAAUAGCAUACCGCAGCAAAACGGCCUCAUGAACCACACCGCUCAGGAGAACCCAAUUCCACCGGAGCGGAAAUCUUCCAUGCGUAAUCUGGAACGAAUCCAGCAAAAACCGGAAGAAGACGAAAACAAGAAACGUGUUGAUCCACCCAUGCAACUUCUCGAGUUCGAGAAGUGCCGGGAAGAGUUCCGCAAGCAAAUCAGCUACUCCGGCUCGAUCUACUCCGACUAUCAGAAACUGGCAUCCGAAAUGCCAUACUUCCACAUCAGCGACGAGUUUCGACCAUUCUCCACCAAUGGUCUCCAUCUGGUCAUAUGUGUUCACGGUCUCGAUGGAAACUCCGCCGACCUAAGGCUAGUGCGAACCUAUCUGGAACUAGGUUUACCCGGAGCCCAUCUGGAAUUCCUGAUGUCCGAACGCAACCAGGGAGAUACGUUUUCCGACUUCGAGACAAUGACCGACCGGUUGGUAGCCGAAGUACUCUAUCACAUAGAAACGUACCAGCUGAAUCCGACGAGAAUUUCGUUUGUCGCCCAUUCCCUGGGAACGAUCAUCGUUCGAUCGGCACUAGCACGGCCUCAGAUGCGACCGCUACUGUCGAGGUUGCACACCUUCCUGUCGCUGUCUGGGCCCCACCUGGGAACGCUGUAUAACUCCAGCGGGCUGGUGAAUAUGGGUAUGUGGUUCAUGCAAAAGUGGAAGAAGAGUGGUUCUCUUCUGCAGUUGUGCCUACGCGAUGCACCCGACCCUCGGCAAAGUUUCCUGUUCCGGUUGAGUCAACGCAGUACCCUGCACCACUUCAAGAACGUUCUCCUGUGUGGCUCCUCCCAGGACCGGUAUGUUCCUCCGCACUCGGCUCGGCUAGAGUUGUGUAAGGCCGCUGUCAGAGAUCAGUCUAACCUCGGUGUCGUCUAUCGAGAAAUGGUGCACAAUAUUAUCGCGCCGAUGUUGGCCAGACCGGAUCUUACGCUGGCCCGGUAUGAUGUACAUCAUGCACUUCCGCACACGGCGAAUGCCCUGAUUGGUAGAGCCGCUCACAUUGCGGUUCUUGAUUCGGAAUUGUUUAUUGAAAAGUUCUUACUAGUUGCUGGAUUGAAAUAUUUUAGCUAGCUGAUUGACCCUCAGGUUAAAUUUGAUGGAAGAGACAGGACAAAUGAAAGGCGUGGAUGUAGCAUUGUAAUCCACCGAAGAGCAAUACAGAUAGAUGUUAUCGUUUCACUCUACUGUUGAUAGAUUGAUGUCUUUGUGAGCUGGAAAUGCGAAAGGAAACUGAUGAAUGUUAUAUCGAAAGGAAUAAACGUAAAGCAUUGGAUCGAGGUAAAAUUUAACUUUCUAUCGUAGGUUUAAUUAUUGACAGCUAAGUAGACAUAACCCCAAGUCGUGAAAAAGUGAACCAACUCAACCCCGAAAUCUUGAAAAGUAAAACAUUAUAAAAAAAACUGACUGAAUCUAAGCCUAAGUUAAAUUUUGUUUAACGGUAAAUAUGUUUUAUACUGUAUUCUAGAACUAUAAACUUAAAGUAACAUGGAAAACGAUGCAAUUGGUACAGGGUCAACAAGUUGUUUGAAAUUGGCUGUAAGUGUGGUUUAUCUAAUCAAAAAUAAUCAGAAGUAGUUAAUGGGAAAUAAGUCUCUUCUGAAGAACUUCAUACAAAAGAUUAAUCUCCACUGCCGGCUGUUGAUUCAAUCGUGAUUAGUUAGUGGGAUUUUUGAGCAUAAUUUUGAACCGAUCGCUUCUAUAAUACUCAGUUUUGUACAUGUUCUUUGUAUUAGUGGCGUGAAUUGUUGUAAAUUGAUCAAAUACAUAUACUUUGCAUAAAUGAGACUGACUUAAAUCUAAACCACAAACUGGAAAACAAGAGAACAAAACCAAAAAGUAGGUAUAUUAAUCAUUUUUAGUAGAUCAUCCACAAACAAACAAAAAAUCCACCACAUAAUUGGGAAGCAACAUUACGAUAUUCGAAAACAUUUUACGGAAGUAGUUAGCGUAGCAAUUUUAAGUACAUAUAAGUGAAAUUAUUGCAGGACAUGAUUUUAGUUAUGCCUUCAUAGACAGGCAAAUAAAUGUUGACCAAAUUUAAAAAUUCUCAAUUACCUUUCGAACAUUGGCAAAAUCUACGUAAAAAUUAGAAAAUCAAACUUUUUUGUAGAAAAAGUAUACAGUCGAUUUAAAAUUAUUCUCAUAGUUUAGCAAGUAUUGUGAUGAAAAUAUACACUUUGGCCUGAUCGUAUAAAAUGUGCCAAAAAACAGUUUAAAGUCAUAUUUAGAACGUAUCUACCCUAUUGUUUCAUGGUAUUCAGAAAUACAUUUUUUACCCAGAAUCAUCUUAUAUAACACAGUUCUGCUAUUCACAAAAGGGUCCUUAUCUUGGUCCUUACGGUAGACUUUUAGUUUCUCAUACAGAAAAAGAUCAUCAUUAUAGUAUGAGAAUUUUUGAUCUCAUACAAAGAUACAAUUGAGUUAUUUCAAACAUGCAUGAGAGUUUCUUCUUCAAAGUUUAAAAAUCAUGAUCAUACUGAUAAUUUAAUUCCGGUUUUUCUGUUUCUCCUGUUAUAUAUGAAUGGGCUUUGUUUAGUGCUCAAAAAACUGCAGCUUCCGAUUCGUAUGCAGAUCGUCAUGGGAUCAAUCCCUGACUCGUCCAUCUUUUUUUGUAUCUUUCCAAUCAUUUUUUCAUUUUUCUCAAGAGACGAACCGGCCAAGGGCUGAAAGUCUCUUAAAUAAAGAAAAAUCAAUCAAUAAAUUUCUCUCUGCAUAUGCGUCUAAUGUGAAUAUGCUCACAGCCAUCAAUAUAAUCAGAAGCGGAUUGAAAAGGUGUUUUCUUACCACUAUCUCCCCAUCACAUAUUCCAUCAUAUUAAGCAUUCAAAUCGGAAACCCGCAUAUUUACUAAUGCCGUUUUUCUUUAUUAUCCAGUUCCAACCUGGGUUGGAACUGGAUCAGAUCACAGUUUCAACCCCAACCCGACUUCGGUUUCGCUUGUACUAAAGUUUGUUUGACGUUGUUUGUUUACAUAUUUUCCGCCAAUCCAGUUCCAACCCAGGUUAAAAAAGAAAAACGGCAUAAGUCUUAUCAUCUUCAAAGUAGCCUACUACACCACAACAAUCAGACGGCAAAUCACACACAAAUGUGAACCUUUGCCAAACAGCCAUUUCUCAACAUCUCCAUGAACUUGCUCAUUCGCAGUAAUAUUCCUAUCGACACCAACAUUUCAAAAUGUUAAAAAUGCUUUAAAAAUACUCCCUAAAAAAAGCUACUGAUCAUGUUUCAUUCAUUUCUCACUUGCGAUCUAUCUCAUCGUCGGACAAAGGAGGAUUUUAUGUCUCUAUUUGCGUUAAACAUUUUGUAAUUCAGCACUUUCACAAUUCGACCGGCCGAAUUUAAAGCAACACGAUCUCUGUAUAAAGAUUAAUAGCGAUUGGUUGGUUUAAAAUUCAAAGAACUUUUGAGAAGAAUAAUAUGCAUUGAAAUUUACGCAUCCUAGAAUUUUCAGUGGUAAUAUAGAGCAGGACGAAGAAACUCACAUGCAUUCUAACACCAUCAACUACAUUUAAAAACUAAUUUGGUUCUAGUUAUUGAGCUGUAAACACAUUUGUUUCCCUUUAAAUUUGGCAGGCCUCGUAAUCUGGAGUGGGCUGUUGCAGUCAAUUAUUCAGAAAAAAAAUCUUUUCAACAUUGAAUAUAUACCUACGUGACAGAAAUUCGUCAACGAUUGUUUAUGGGAAAAAUAUAAAACACCAAUUUCAUACUUAAAUAAAGGACAGAAAAUGUAGUUAAAUCAGACUAAAAUAUCACUACGAAUAGAAAGGGUCGAACGGUGGACUAAAUUUUUAGCAAACAAAUUGUUAAAAACAACCUCAAUUCGAUAAAAUCAAAACCAACCGGUAAAAGCAAAUCAAAGCAUAGCUGUCCAGUCGCAAUAUUCAAAACAAAUAUUCCUGAUAUGCAGUAACAGACACACGAUGACAUACCAUUGCGAAAGCUAAAUGAAAACUCUUAACCCAGUUACAAUGAUAGACUACAGUUUAUUCACCUAUGAUAGCAGAUAAACGUAAAUGUUCAAAAGAGUAACCCAAGAAGAAAGAAACAUCACCAAAAUAAUCAAACCAAACAUAAAAAUUAGCAUGUAGGGCAAAAGCAUAGGUACCGUUCAUUUUCAAAAGUCAUUUACCAUUGAACACUGAAAUACGAUAGGUACAUAAGAAAAUACGAUUCAGGGUUUUGGUAUAGAAGAAAUGCGCGUUAAAAGGAUCAAGGAUCUCGAUUUGUAAGGUUUUGAAAAGAAAAGUGCUAUAGAUGCGGCCAAUACUGGAUUUUGCAAAUCAAAUGUUAGCCGAUCUUCUGAUUGCAGUAUAAGAGUCUAUAUGAUAGAAUGAAAUUUAAAAGUCUCUAUUUUUCUGACAUCUCGUUUUCUCUUGUCCGUUGAAACUUGUCUCAUAAGUAAAGUGCAUCCACUUUACACCUUGUUCAAUAAUAAACACCUUUUCUUUCGACUAUAACUCUCUCGAUCAGUAGCGACAAACGAGACGUCCGUACUUUCCUUGCUCUGAUGUCAUCUUAAAAAAAAACUAGCCAAAUCUUCCCAUACACUAAAAAAACUGUUGUUGUUUGCAAACUAGGAGAGAAUUAACUGCAAUGAAUCUGAAAAGAAGGAAUUUUAACAAGCGUUUACCAAAGGAAUGUCUUUAUUCUUCGAACAUGUAUAAGAAACCAAAACUAGAAUCAGAAGAACUAAAUGGAAUGUUGUAACGGUAAUAGAGGACAUAUAAUCGAACAAAUUGGCGAACGAAAAUAGAAAAAAAAAAACAGAAUGGAUGUAUGCAGAUGUUACAGAUUAUUGGAAUUAAAAAUAUUAUAGUGAAGAAGGAAACAAUUGUAGAGAUUAGAAUAGUGAAACAAUUAACUGCAACAGUUGGUAGCGAUAGAGAAAUAAAAUUAGAAAAUUUA